AUGAAUGAAGUUUAUUUAUGCCAACUUCAGAUUUUCUUUUGUGCUUUCUUUAUUACUCAGACAAAUUUCAUUUUUACAUUUGAAAAACAGUUACUUUAUUUACUAUGUCAUCCUUUUAUUUCACUCUAUCUCUCUCCACUUUUGCCUUCUCUUUCUCAUCAACAUUUUUUCUUUUUCUUCUUCUUCUUCAUCAUCAUCAUCACCUUUUUCUUCUUCAUCACUAUCAUCUUCUUCUUCAUCAUCAUCAUAAUCUUCUUAUCUAUUUUUCUUAGUUUUUCUUUUACUUCUUGUCAUCCUUUUUCAUUCACUCUAUCUCUCUCCACUUUUGUCUUCUCUCUUUCAUCAACCAUUUCUUCUUUUUCUUCUUCUUCAUCGUCAUCUUGUUCCUGUUCUUCUUCUUAUUAUUUUUCCUUUUUUUCCUUUCUUUCUUACCAUUUCAAUCUAUUCUGUAUCCAUUUUUCUUCUUCUUUCUUUCUUUCAUAUUUUUCUUUUACUUUUAGUCAUAUUUUUCAUUCACGUUCGUUCUCUUCUUUUGUCUCCUUCCCUCUUUCUACCUCAAUUUUUAUCAAAUAUUUCUUGUUAGUGUCCUUCUCCUUCUUAUGCCUUUCCAUUCAACAUCAAUUAGCCUUCCUUUCCAUAAUUUUAAACUUGAGGCUAUUAUUUUUCUUUCGUCUUUUUCUCCCUUAUUUCGCGAAGAAUUUCUCUUCGUUUCACGGGGAUCUGAAGAAUACUAAAAAAUGCUAUUAA